AUGAACUCUCUUAGCUUCAAGGCUCUUUCUCUGGCGGCUUUGGCGGCUUCUGGGGUGGCCUCUCCCGUCCUCUAUGCGCGAGCAGCCGAGCCGAAUGGCACCUACGCCUUUACCAAUCCCAAUGGCUUGAACUUCACACAGAUGAACUCGAGCCUUCCUAAUGUCACCAUUCUUGCAACAGGCGGCACCAUCGCCGGAUCUAGCGCCGACAAGACCGCAACAACCGGCUACAAAGCUGGCUCCAUCGGCAUCCAGACGCUCAUAAAUGCUGUCCCCGAGAUGCUCGACGUGGCCAACGUCGCCGGCAUCCAGGUCGCCAACGUCGGCAGCCCGGAUGUCUCCUCGUCCAUCCUACUUAGCAUGGCCCAGACCCUCAACAAGGUCGUCUGCGACGACCCAACCAUGAGCGGCGCUGUGGUCACGCACGGCACCGACACGCUCGAGGAAACGGCCUUCUUCCUCGACGCCACCGUCACCUGCGGCAAGCCCAUCGUCGUCGUCGGCGCCAUGCGGCCCGCCACCGCCAUCUCCGCCGACGGGCCCUUCAACCUCCUCCAGUCCGUAACCGUGGCCACCAACCCGGCCGCGCGCGACCGCGGCGCUCUCAUCGUCAUGAACGACCGUAUCGUUUCCGCCUUCUACGCCAGCAAGACCAACGCCAAUACCAUGGACACCUUCAAGGCCGUCGAAAUGGGCAACCUCGGCGCCAUCGUCUCCAACAAGGCGUACUUCUACUACCCGCCAGUCUUGCCCACCGGCAAGACCGCCGUCGACGUCACCAACAUUACCGCCAUCCCCCGCGUCGACAUCCUCUAUUCGUACCAGGAUAUGCACAAUGAUACCCUCUACGACGCCGUCGACAAUGGCGCCCAGGGCAUCGUUAUCGCCGGCUCCGGCGCCGGAAGCGUCUCCAGCACCUUCUCCUCCGCCAUCCGCGACGUCGUCGACAAGCACGCCCUCCCCAUCGUGACGAGCACGCGCACGGGCAACGGCGAGUCCCCGCCCACGGACAGCAAGACGACCAUUGAGGCCGGGUUCCUGAACCCGCAGAAGGCGCGGGUCCUGCUUGGCUUGCUGCUCGCGGAGGGCAAGGCGUGGGCGGAGAUCAAGGAGGUGUUUUCGGGGGCCGGGGUUGCUUAA